AUGGGCCGAACAUUUACGUACCCUAAGAGGGAUAUCAAUACCGUCAGACGGUAUGCCCAUCGAGCAACGUACGAUGUCGCAGCCAUUCACAACAUCAUCAACCUGAGCCAGGUCCUACACGUUUCCUUCAGCCCAGGACCCGAAGACCCCUUCCCAACAACCAUUCCCAUGAUCGGACAAAUGGGUUCCUUUGAAUUCCCAUCUGCCGAUAUUGGAGAGCCUCUGGAUUGCUACAUCCAUGGCUACGUCAGUGCUCGCAUGACCAAUCUUGCGCGCCAGUCAGAGGAAGGCCUACCCGUCUGCAUCGCAGCCAGUAAAGUGGACGGAUUGAUCCUCGCCCUCACUCCUUAUAAUCAUAGCUACAACUAUCGCUCUGCUAUCUUGCACGGCUAUGCCAAGCUAGUCACGGAUGAAGAGGAGAAGAUGUGGGCUAUGAAAUUGAUUACAGACUCCGUUGUUCCGAGCCGAUGGGACAACAGCCGUACUCCUCCUGAUAAAGGGGAGUUGGCUUCCACAUCGAUCCUGAAGGUCAAGAUUGUUGCGGGAAGUGGCAAGAUUCGUGAUGGAUAUGCCUCAGAUGAGAAGAAGGAUUAUCAGAAUGAUGAAUUGACGAGUCGGGUGUGGACAGGCGUUGUUCCUGUCUACGAAGUACUUGGACAACCGGUGCCGAAUCCUGACAAUAAAGUAGCAGAGGUUCCGGAGUAUAUCCAGUCUUAUAUUGACGGAUACUCGAAGAAGAGUCAAGAUUAUGCUCUGGGAGCAGCCAAGGUUUCUUUACCUAAGGAGGAGCAGCAUUAA